UCAUCUCUUCUUAUCAUUUUUUAUUUAUUCAUACAUAUAUAUAAUAAUAACUCAUCUUCCCAUUUUCAUUUACACAAACCCACAAAAAAUAAAAAAAUAAAUAAAUAAAUAAAUUUAACCCUCCAUGAAAGACACCAAAAACGUCGUCGUAAAAGACAGAGUGAAGGGUUCAUGGACCCCACAAGAAGAUACAACAUUGAAGACAUUAGUAGAUCAGCAUGGUCCAAGAAACUGGAGUUUGAUUAGUGCAGGAAUUCCAGGGAGAUCAGGUAAAUCAUGCAGAUUAAGAUGGUGUAAUCAGUUAAGCCCAGAUGUACAGCACAAGCCUUUUAGCCCAUCAGAGGAUGAGAUUAUUAUCCAGGCCCAUAAGGCCCAUGGUAAUAGGUGGGCCACCAUUGCGAAACUUCUUCCAGGGAGAACCGAUAAUGCUAUUAAGAAUCACUGGAAUAGUUCUUUGAGAAGGAAACGUGGGGUCCCACAAGUUAUAAACGAGUUAGGUACUGAGUUGAAGCGGCAGCGAGUUGAGGUUGUAUUACCUGAGUCUGACUCGGUGGAGGUUAAAAAAGAGGUGAGUUCGGGUGUGGUGAUGGAGCAGGAUAAUAACGGUGGAGGUGAGGGAUCAGACGGUGUGGAGACUGUUUUGACGCUUUUACCCCCUGGGAAGGGGACACGUGAUGGGAGAUGUGAUGAGAUGAAGAUCAUGAUGAAAUCAACAGUGGAGAUGAAGAAUCAUUGGUUAGAUUUGAUGCAAAGAAUGAUAGCUAAGGAAGUCAAGAGUUAUAUUGAUCAGCUGGAUAUUCGGCCCAAGAAUGAUAAUAAAGUUCGGCCUACACCAUAUUCUUAAGCCCAAUAAGAGUAAUAAUAUAUUUUUUCUGUCCACAUGACUUUGCCCCAUAUGAUUGAUAUAUGUGACAAUUUUUCUAAUCAUAUAAUCAAAACUCAAACAUACAAACAAAAUAGUUUUUUUCAUUUCCGGGAUUUUAAUAAUUAUUUUGAAAACAAUUCCAUAAAACUUUACAUAGUUCUUUCAUUCUGUUUUAAAAGCUACGCAAGGGCUUUAAACAAGAAUUAAGAAAAUGGUAUCUUAUUUUAAUAAACCAUUAUAACUCCUAAAGAGGUAGAUGUAAAAAUUAUUGGGUAAGGGGCUGGAAAAAGUAAAGGCUAUUGAUAAUUACUUAAUUAUUUUUGACCAAAAAUAAUAAUAAUGCAAAUAAUUGUAUAAGUUGAUAAAUAAAAAAAUGCGCAAGGAUGAUGUAAUUGAACAAGUAUUAAGGAAGAAGAAACCUUAUAUCAAGAAGAGUUGAGAGUUCACUAGUUAAAGCACUAUCCUUUAUACAAUAUGUUAAAAUAAUAGGAAUGGAGCUGCUUGCAUAAUUUGAAGCAUGAUAAACUUUUCAGCUAAUCAGCGACAUUUCUCGGGCA